AUGGACGAUUCGAGGCAGCGGGUCAAGACACUGCUGGAACAGAUAUACGCCGUGGACCCGUACUAUGUACAGAGCAACAACGAGUGCCGGCCGAUCGCCGGUCAGAUCUCGUACGCGGACAUCGCGGCCGGUCGUACCAGUCCGAGCUCGAGGGGUUCUAGCCCGUUUAGAAACCCCCGGGACGAGGCUGCGCCCUCCUCGUCGUCGUCGCCGCUCGCUGUUCAGCUGUUAAGGCCGUCCAUCCAGAAACCAAUUGCCAGACGUGUUCAGGACGAUUCACCGUCCACGAGAACCGAAGCACCAAGCAUGCCUGAAGAAACAAGAAUCGAGACCACGACGGAACAUAAGGAACCACAAGAGCCUAAAGAACGGAGUCAACAUGUGUCCAAGAUGGACACGGUGAACUCCAAACAGAGACCUCAAACUAGACGAACCAUUGUCAGGAAAGAAAUGUCAGAACCUGCGAAGCAAUCUAUUAGAGACAUGUCCAGGGAGAAGGAGAAUGUUCCAGAGAGAAGAAGAGAACUGUUAGUACUGAAGAACACCUUGGCUCUCAAGGAAGAGAGGAGAGGAAGGUCAGCCAGUCCCAUUUGGGCACCUGGAUCCACUACCUACGCUGAUAUCCUGCGAGGACGUGCUAGUGCUUCCAGGAGUCCUUCGGUGGAGACCAGCAAGAACGCACAAACGGUGACCAAAGACGUUGAUGUGGUUCGUAAGAUUAGCGACACGACUGAUCAACAAGUUGGAGUUCAUAUGCCCAAAGUGGAGGUCGAGCAGGAUGUCCAGGUUCAGCAACAAAUUCCAGUGGAGGAAUCAAGUCACCAAGUGGUGGAGACCUACCAGCAACAAUCUGAGAUCGUUCCUGCUCCUAUGAAACCAGAGGAGAUACCAGAGGAGAUCGCCGAGACCCAGAGCAACUGGGCCGACGAGCCGAUCGAGGAGUACAGUCUACUGAACGAGAAGAGCUACGAGACCAGAGCACAAGUUCCUGAGGUGUACAGUUACAUUCACCCGCCGAUGACCGAAUUGGUGGGCUUCAUUGGGUCACAGAUCGCCUAUCCAGUAAGUUCCUACGUCUACAUGCCGACUGCGCCGCCUCCGCAGGUGGCUCUACCUCAUUACGAUAGUCAGAUACCGUUCCCAUCGGAACAGUACGUCGCUCAGUCCAGUUACCUGCCGGAGACGGAGAUGUAUCAGCCGAAUCAAUUACAGAAGCAUCAAAAACAGCCCAGGUAUAAGAAUCCCGCGAGGAAUCCACCGAUGGUUGCACAAAAUCCGGAAGAAAAGUGUGUUCCUAGUCAAACGUCCACUACUGUGGACGUUCAGCCAGUUGUUCCAUCAUCAGCCCAGCCUGUGGCCCAACCAGUAGAGCCUGUUGAACCAGAGAUAUCAGAAGCAGAGGUUCAACGAUCCGUUGCUGAGAUUCCAGAGACCACAGGUGCCAAGCCUAAAGUGCAGUACGAGAGUAAGGCUUUUUCGUAUGCUCAGAUCCUGUCUCAGGGACUCAGUCCACGCCCAGCGACCACCACAAACACCUCGUCUCCGAGUAUGACCAGUUUCGCGGUGAAACAGGUGAAAGAACGAUCUAGAUCUCCUAUAAAUUCGAGAACUUCGUCGAUCCAUGAGUCUACACCGCCUCGGGAAGCUAGACAGACGAGGGAAUCGUCGGUGGUGAAGCAGGAAAAGCAGGAAAAGAUGGGUUGGGACACUACGAAGAGAAGGGAGGCGAAGAAGGUCCAGCAGGAGGCGCAGAAAUUGAAAAAGAGUCGACAGGAGACGCCUUCAGUUGAGAAGAAAGGGCGUAAAGCACCUGAACAACCGAAGGAGAAGCUGGAGAAGGAGAAGAAUGGUCAGUCUAAAGUAGUCGAGGUGAAGAAAGAGGUUCGAAAGGAGGUCCCUGUCGAGAAAAAGGUCAGUCCUGUGAGAAAUACAGAGGUCGAAGCUCCUAAGGAGAGGAAGGAUGACGUUCAGAAGAAUAAGCAAGCUGAGAAGAAAGUGGAUCAGCAAGAGAAAGCUGAUGGUCAGCAAGAGAAGAAGCGAAAAGCCAAGAAGAAUAAGAAAAUAGAAAAGGUCGAUGACGAAAUCGAGAAGGCUCUGAAGGAAAUUGAGGAUAUGGACAAGCAGCGAAUGAAGAAUCAGAGGGACAAAUCGAAGGAACAGGGUAAAUCUAAAGAUAUUGUCGCGGCACCGGAGAAACCGAAAGAAGAAAACGAGAAGAAAAACGCGAAAGGUGACGAGAAGAAGAAACAGAGCAAGUCGAAAGCGGAAUCGAAGGCUAAAGAUGGAGCGGUGAACGUGGAAACAGCUGUGACUCAGCCAGAGACGAACGAACCGAUUAAAUCGAGAGAUGAGAAGAAAGUGAAGAAGGAAGAGAAGGAUUCCGAGAAGAAGAGUAAAGAGGAUUCUCAAGUUACGAAAAAGGAAGAAAAAGAAUUAAAAGUUGAGACGAGCGAAUCGAAGAAAUCUGAGGCUAAAAUAGACACGGUGAGUGACACAACGUUCAAGAAGCUCGACGUAAAAGAAGAAAAAGCUCAGAAGGAAUCUGGGUCAAAGAAGAAACAGAAGAAUAAGGAACAAGCCAGUGUGGCGAAGGAUAAAUCUGCUAAAGAUACUGUGAAGCCUACGAAGACUGAAAACGAUGCGCAAAAAAUUAAGAAACCUGCAGCUGCUGAUAGUUCAAUGAAAGAAGAAAUGAAGAAGGAGGAAGACAGCAAAGUGGACAAGUCUAAAAGUGUUGAGAAUGUUCCAGUUAAGAAAGUAGAGUCUGCGAAGACUACUGAUGGACCAGCUAAAGAUGACAAAGUACCCGAAAGUGCAGUGGAACAGAAAGAUAAAGUACAAAAUGAACCUGAAGGUAAAACUGAUGGUAAAGUUGAGUCACAGAAACUUGAGGAACAGGAUGCAUCGAAAACAGUGAAGGAAAAUACUAAAGGAAAGGGUAAAAAUGCGAAACAAGGGAACGAGCAAGAGCCCUUGAAAGAUCAGACACAUAAAAAACCGACUCAGCAGAAAGAUCUAGAUGAGAAGAAAUCAGAGCAAUCUAAGAAGGAAGAAAUAUCUAUAGAAGGUGCAAAAGAAUCAAAGUGUAUGAAAGGCAGUAAACUUGGAGAAAAGGAAGAAUUGGGAGCAGAGGGAGGCGUAAAAGAGCAAACAGAUCGAAAAGAUAAGAAAAUUGUGAAGGAAACAGUGAAGAAAAAGGAUGAAGAAAUGAAAAAUAUGGAUCAGAAGAAAGAUAAAGUUCAGGUAGAGAAAGAGUCGAAAAUGGACAUCGAAGAACAACAGAAAGCCGUAAUUAGUGAGCUAGAUCGUGCAAUAGAAUCUGCGAUUGGAAAAGUUGAAAAUGUUGAUUCAAAGGAAGAGUCUGUAAAACCUGAAACGCCAAAAGAAGAAAGUACAGUGAAGAAAGAAGUAACACAUAAAGCUGAGAAAAAGGAAGAUAAAUCUUCCGAAAAAAAAUUAGACGAUACCAAGGACUCGAAAACAGAAUUAAAGACAGAAGAGACAAAGAAAGCUGAACCAGAGAAACAAGCUAACGUUAAAGGAGGAAAGAAAUCGAAGAAAGGGCCUGCAAUCGAAACGAAACAAGUUUCUGAAAAGGAAGUUCACACGACUGUCGAGAAACAAUUGAGUCAAGAAGAAGAAUUGAAAAAAGAAAGUUUGCAAUCUGAAACAGUAGUUGAAAAGAAAAAAGACUUAAAGUCCCCGCCAGCAACAGAGGAAAAAGUAACAUCCAAGAAGAAGGAUAAGAAAGUAGCAGAAGAAAAAAAGCAACCGGAAAAGAAAGUCGAAACACAAGUAUUAAUGACUAAAACGGAAGAAAAGCUUGAUAUUGUUGAUGACGAUAAACAAACAUCUGCGAAACAGGAAGACAGUAAAGUUUCCUCUAAAGAAAAAUCGAUUUCUGAGGAUGUUACACCUGAGAAGCCGAAAGAAGAUACUACUAAACAAAUAGAACAAUUAAUUGUUUCUAAAGAUAGCGUUGAAAAUGUUGUCACUUUAAUUCAGACUGAAGAAGAGCUUAAAGGAAUGGUUGCCAACGCACCAAGUGAGCCCGAUGUUCAAACGAACGUAGAAAUAACAACUGAAAAAGUUGUUCUUCAAGAGAAACCAACAGAAACAGCUGCUACACCUGACAAAAAUGACAAGGAGGCUACCUUGCCUAGGUUAGAACCAUUACAAAAGUCGGAAGACAAAGUUACUGAUAAAGUUACCGUAGAAGGAAGAAAGGAAAAAGUCCCUGUUCCUCCUGAAGUGCCUCAGAAAUCUACUACAGAAGCAAAUACAGAUAAACCAGAGACUCCUGAGAAACAGAAGAAUCUUGGGACACCGUCCAAGAUCAAGAAACCGAACAAGUCGAAGGAGCAAGUCGUGAUCGAAAAGAUCGAGCCAACUUACGUAGUCGAAUCGAAAGAAGAGCCUAAAACCAGCCAACCAGGUACACCAAAGCUAGACAAGAGAAAGAAUAAGAAACAGGAUAGUAAAGAUAACGAUUCACCUGUGUCUCCAAGUAAAGACAAACCAACUGUUACUGAAAUUAGUGAAAAAGUAUCCGAACUAAAACCAAGUAAAGACACGAUAAAGACUGAAGUUUCAAAAACAGUAACCAAGAAAGAAGAAAUGUCACCCAAAGUAGAAAAGGAAGAGAAAUCUCUCGUUGAAGGCAGUAAGAAGGAAUCUUCAGAGCAUCCUCUGUCUCCAGAAGCAUCACCAGUAUCAAAAGAUAAACCUCCAUUAACCGAACCUACGAAGAAGAGGUCGAAACCCAUUGCUAAGACCAGCGAGUCACAAUCAAGUGUAGAGCAACAAAAACCUGAAGAAAAGUCUCCCACUGUUAAAAAGGAGUGUCCAAAACUUCCUGCCCCACCGAAAGAACCUUCCAAAGAUGUGACAUCAAUGUCAAAAAACAAAUCAUCUAUAGUGUCCAAAAAGGAACCCGCAAAGAAAAUCUGCAAAGAAGCUAAGUCGCGAUCAGAUGUGACGAGCUCAGAGACAGAGAAGAAAGAAGAAACUUUGAACCAUUCUGAGUCGUCGUCCGAGGAGUCAUCGGCUGCUGGGAAAGCAUUGAUCAUCGAGAAGAUGGUGACCACCGUGACCACGACCACAAGCAUCCCUGGCUCGGUCGAAGUGAAACCACCCAAUGUAAAAUCCGUGAAAUCCGUCGAGAUCUUAGAAAGCAUCCCUUUACCCAAGAUCGUAGGCUCCAAACCCACCGAACUAAUCACCCUGCGUCCCGAAACCGUAGAGGCUAGUCUAACCACCAGAUAUGCUAGGGUAUCGGAUGAUUCAGUCGGUGUACCGCCAAGAGGCUCGUUAGAGACGUUAGCGGACACUGGGAACACGGAACCGGAUUAUGCGGUCUAUAUCGAGAGUCUCGGGGAAAACGAUCAGCCGGUUCUGUUCGGUAGCGUUCAGGAUAGGAGAAGGGGUCGUUCCGGAACACCUUUGUCGCCUAAGUUGGUAGAGUGCUCGAGGGACGAGAAAGAUUUCGAUGGUUCGACGAGGGAACAGAGGUUGGAUCUGAGGGAUUCCGUGGGUAAAUUAAACGAUGGUAAUGUUGAGGAUGGUAGAGAAUGUUCUAAGAAAGAAAGUAAAGAUUCUGGUGUGAAGAAGGGUGACGUUGGGGCAAAGAAAGAGGGGGUUGAGUCUGAGAGUGUUGUAACGAUGAAGGAAUCAGGUAAGAUGGUAGAGGAGGUGUGUGGUAAGAAUUCUGUUGCGAAGGAAGAAGACAAGAAAGAAUUGUCUGAAGAUGAGAAGAGAGUAACUGUGGUUGAAGUUAAGAAACCUGGCGUUGGGAGGCAGCAAGGAACUGCUGCGAAAGAUAGGGUUUCUGGGUCUGAAGCAGUUUUCGUGGAAGGAAUUAGUGGUAAGGAUUCGGCUGUUAAAGAAUUGGUUAAGGAAGAAAAGAAAAGGGAGUCUGGAAUCGAAAAGAGUGAAGAGACCAAGGUCGAAAAGCAAGUAACUUCAGUGGAAGAGAAGAGUCUUGUAACUGAAAGUCAAAAGAAAGAUAUCCCAAAAGCUGACGAUUCUAAACCUGAAGAAAGUAAUGCUUCUUCUUAUUAUUACGAAGACUUGGUUAAACCGUAUUGGUCGACGAAUUAUCAUUCUUAUACCGAAGCAGAAAGUAACUUCCAUCAAUGUUUUAAAGUGGUGGAAGUGGUGCAAGAAAAUGUUCCUGCUUCUCAACCACCAAGAUCGAAGAGUAUUGAGAGGAUUGUUCAGGAAUCGGUCAUGAAGAAGCCUGAGCAAAGGGGAGAAAAGAAAGAAGAAAUGGUACAGACUGAGGUAGAGGUUAAGAAUCUUUCACUUGUUGAAGAAUCUGUUAAGAGUCCUCUGGCUACGUUCUGCGAGUUAGACUCCCAGUUGGUGAAGUCAAAAACGUCUGAAGAUAAGAUUAUAGUAACUUCAGAAGAAAGUAAAUCUACGGGUGUUGCUGAUGUUGAGAAGAAAGCUAUGGAACCUAAAGAAGCAGAAAAGCAGUCUGUGAAAUCAGACAUUGAUAAAAAUGAAAAGAUUGAUAAAUUGGAUGAAGUACCUCAGAAAUCUUCAGACGUUAAAGAAAUUGUUAAAACGACAGAAGAUAAGAUUUUGGAUGAAACACCACAAAAGCCUAAAGACACUGAAUGCAAGAAAGUUGAAGUAUUACAGAGUACUAACGCCUCAAUUCAGCCUCUUGUUAGCAAUGUAAAUACAAAGGCUGACACAGAAAGUAAAGAUAAAGGGCCAGUGACAGAACAAAAGCAAGAAAAGGUGACAGAAAAGUCGGAAGGGAAGAAAGAAAAGACGAAACAGUCUGCGACACAAGAGAAACAAGAGAAAGCAGUUUCUGAGAUGUCGAUCGUGGUAACUGAGAAAGAACAGAAGCUCGAAGUUCAAAAGAAAGCAGAUGAUAUAAAAUCAGAAAUGAAAAUAGAGGAAGUUAAACAGUCUGUAGUUCAAAAGAAACCAGAGGAAAAACAACCUCAGGUUCAAAAGGGGCAAAAGAAAAAGCAACCUGAAGUACAAGGAAAACAAGACAAGGAAGAGUCUGUAAUUCAAACCGAUCAACCUGCUGGUCCAAAGGAAGAGGCAAAGGAACAACCCGAAGUUCAAAAAACAGAAAAGAAGGAAGAACCUAUAGUUCAAACUGAACAGGUAAACAAACAACUUGCGGUUCAGAAGAAACAAGAGAAGAAACAGGUUGAAUCUAAAGAAAAACAGGAGAAGAAGCAACCUGAAAUUAAGAAACAGGAGGAGAAACAACCUGAAAUUAAGAAACAGGAAGUGAAGCAACCUGAAAUUGAAGAUAAACAGGAAAAGAAACAGCCUGAAGUUGUAGACAAAUUAGAAAAGGAGCAGCCUGAACCUCAAUUGAAACAGGAGAAGCAAGUGUCUGACGUUAAAGACAAACAAGAAAAGAAACAACCUGAACAACAAACAAAACACAAGGAGAAACAGCCUGAAAUUCAAAAGAAACAAGAGCAGAAGCAAACUAAACCUGAAGAAAAACAAGAAAAGGAGCAGCCCAGCCCUAAAAUGAAACAGGAGAAAAAACUGCCUGAGGUCGAAAACAAACAGAAGAAGAAGCAGCCUGAACCUCAAACGAAACAGACACAACCUGAAACUCAAGAAAAACUAGAGGAGAAGCAAUCUGAUCUUGAAAUGAAACAGGAGAAGAAAAUGCCUGAGAAGCAGCAGGAAAAGCAGCCUGAAAUUGUAAAGAAAGAAGAAGAAAAAGUACCUGAGGUUCAGGAGAAGCAAACAAAAAAACAACCCGAUGUUAAAAUAAAACAGGAAAAACAACAGCCUGAAUCUCAAGAGGAAGAAGAGAAGAAGUCUGAUAUUCAAGAGAAGCCAGAAAAGACUGAAGAGAAAUCGAAAGGAAAGAAAGAAAAGAAGAAGGCUGCAGCAAAAGAGAAACAGGAUGAAAAGUCACGACUCAAAAUGGAGAAAGAAGAGGUGCCUGAAACUCAAGUCGAGAAAGAAGACAGUAAAGUGAUUGCAUCCACAAUUGAACAUCAAGUGGUGCCAAUUAAAGAAGAAAAUAUCAAAAGUCCAGUCUUGAAACAAGAAGACUAUGAAAGUACUACGAAAGUACCAACGGAAGAUGAAGAAUCAAAAGCAGAAAAUACCAUGAAGCCUUCACUUCAGAAGUCCACUACCAUCGAUAAGACGAAAACACCUGAAAAACUAAUAAAUGGUAAAGUAUUACAGCAAGGACCGGCGUCUAAAGCUGGAGAUGAAAGUGAUCCUGCAUCUCCAAUAAAAGAAGACAAGGCUAAACCUUCAGACAAGUCCAGAUCCAAAGAAGAUGCAAAGGCCCAGACACAAUCUGAAAAACAAAAGCAACCAACAAAAGAGAAGCCUGGAAGUAAAUCGAAACCAGUCGCAGCAGAAAAGGACUUGAAGAAACAAGAUAAGGCUGAAGUCAGUUCUCCAGAAACGAAGAAGAAACAUGAUGGCAAAUCUAAGAAAGAAAAUCUUCAGUCUGUAAGUUCUUUCGAGCAAGACUCCAAAGCAGAAACUAAUCAAGAAGCUCAAAGUGGGAGUUCUACGACAGAAAGUAAGAAAGAGGAAAGUCCAUCUGAAGUGAACAUUCCAAAAGAAGAUAUUCUUCACCCACCUGCAUCCACCAAAUCUUGGGCGUCUAUUGUAAGUAUGAAGGAAACCAUGGAAACAACCGAUAUUCCUUCAGACAACUCACAAACUAAAGUGACCAGUGUGUAUCAAGAGUCAGUAGUUGAAAGUACGAAGGCAGAAAAAAUAGGCCAGACAGUAGAAGCCAUGCCCGAAGAACCUCAAAGCCCUUCAACCCAACAGAAACCACCAAAACAUCAAAAGAAGAAAGAUGCAAGGCAAGAAAUAAUUACUGAAGUCAAAGUAUCUUCCCCUAUGACAGAAACCGAGAAGGAGAGUGUGAAGACCAUUCCAGAAAAGAUUGCAGAAUCGAGGACCGAAGAUAUAUCUGCCAAGGACUCUAACAAAUCGUAUGCUCAAAUUGCAGCCAAGACUCGAGGGACUCCUCCUCCGGGUGUUCAAGAAGACAUCCUACUGAUCAAACCAAUUCCACUGAAAUCUGAUCUGGACCUGAACAAAAUGACAGAAGGUACCCAACCUGUAUUACAAGAGACAAGAAUUACCGAAUUCAAUGUACAGGAAGUGAAAGAAGAAGCUAAACCUGAAGCAGUUAUUUUUAAAGAAAUGCAAGAUCUGAACAACAUAAAACCGUUCGCUUUAAACGUGUCAGAAGUUGAAAGUCCACAUAAAGCGAAGGAUUCGUGGGCUGCCGUGGUCGGUAAACACGUGGAACCAGCUGAACCAAUCGCGACACCUGUUGAACCGGUUGCUAAGAAGGAACAGUCUUCGGAGCAACGUGCUGCUUCGCAGGUUCAGAUUUUCGUAGAGGAAGCACCGGAACCAGUGCCUAUCGAGGAGGUAGUUCAAGUCGACGAGCAAGGAUUCAUGGAGUUCGUGAACCGUAAGGAGCUGCGAUCCAGGCGAUCCAGAUCGCGAUCUAGAAGCUCCAGGCGAGACGAGACGGGUUCGAAGCAGGUCAGCGAUAAACCUGUUGGCUUUGAAGUCUCCAGGGAGGAACAGAAAAAGGAGAGCUCGUUGCAAGUAGAGGAAACGAAGAAGAAAGAGACGGGUAAAAGAAAAGACACGGAGGAAUCUAAUAAAGACAAAUCUAGGAAGAAGAGUAAGACCAAAGCUACUGAUAAUGAACUCAAUCAGAUGAAAGAUGAACAAGGAAAGGGUAAACCUCAGAAGAGUAAGGAGAAGACAAGUGAUAUCGAGGAUAAAGAAGGGAAACAGACGGAGAUUGGUGGAGAACCGAAGGUUGAACAGAAAGGUCAGAAACAGUCGGAGAAGAAAGAUGCAGCAAAAAAUAAAGGUAAAUCGAGAACGAAGAACAGUGAGGUAACCCAAGAAACUAAGAAAGAAGGUCUGACUGAAGAGAAGACGCAGCAAGUUGAGGGAAAGGUUAAACCGAAAGAAAUCGAAGAACCUGCGAAGACCUCGGAACCAGAUAGAUCGGUGGAAGUAGAUAAGAAAAAGGUACCAGAACAGUCGAAGCAGGAGACAAAGGAACAACCUGCGAGUGCUUCGAAAAAGAACAAAAAGUCUAAGAAAGGAAAGCCUGAUAAGGUAGAAAGUGAGGUGAAACAGAAGGAGGUAGAUAAAGCAUCUCCAGAGAAAGAGAAGAAUGUAGAUAUAAAAGAACAAGCUGUCACGAAAGAUGUAAAAGAACCGGAAAUCUUAGAAGUGAAAGAAGUCAAAGAUAUUAGCAAGCCAGUAACUGAAGAUAAACCUGACACCUUGACAGAAACACAAACGGAAAAACCAAAAGCUCCCGAGAGACGUAAAGGAAAAUCGAAAAAUAAGAACACGGAGAAGGUACCAGAACAAGUAAGCGAGGUAUUGGCUGAGACCGAGAAAGAACCCGAAUCAAAAGAUAAAAAAGAAGUGAAACAAGAAAAAGUAGUUGAAACGAAAGAGAAUAAAAUCACUGAGUCUAAAACUAAAGCAAAUGAAAAGGAAGAAAUGAAGGAAAAACCUUCUGAAGAAAUAUCUGCUCCCUCACUAGAAUCUGUUAAAGAAAAAGUUAUAGAUGAAAAGGCAAAUAUAAAAGAAGAAAAGAAAGAAGAAGACUCCCAAGUGGAAGAAAAGGCUAAACUGUCGAAGCGAGAUAAGAGGAAACAGAAGAAAAAAGACAAGUCGGCUUCGAGGGGACUCAGUGAAGAAAAACAAAAAGAAAAAGCAGAGACAACGGCUCAGAGUAUCACAGCACCCGAUGAAAAGGUAUCCUCAAAUGAAGAAAUAGAUAAGAAAGCUAUCAAACCUGAAGAUAAAAAGGUGGAAGAGAAUCCUAAAGAAACAGUUUCAGUCGAUCAAGCUGUCAAGCAAGAUAAACUUGAAGUAACGAAAGAUGAAUCGAAAGUUGAAAAAAUAACUGUCAAGGCUCCUCAAGCUAGCGAAGUGAAACUUGCCCCUGAAGCUGCGCCUAAAGUAUUGCUCCAAGAAGAAACGAAACCAGAUAAGAAGAAAGCAGAGACGCCAAAGUUGAAAGAAGAAAAAUUCGUAGUGACAAAAGUAAAUGAUGAAAAUAUCGAAGAAUCGAAAGUGAAUGAAGAUAAAGUAGAUACACCAAAGCCUGUGGAGGAAAAGUUAGAAGAAUCUGUGAAGGAAGAAGAAUUUACACCUGCUUCGAAAGACAAGGCGAAACGAAAGAAUAAACAGGCGAAGAAAGGUAAGCGUGAAGAGCAAGAGACAUCAAAAUCUACGAAUGAAGCUGAAGCAGCGAAAGGUGAAGAAGAUAUUAAGACUUCGAGCACAGAUUCUCCUAUUACACCACCUCAAGAUAUCCCAAAAGAGACAAUUAAAGUAGACAAGACUGUAAUACCACCUGAAAAGAAAUCAGAAGCAAGUAACGAGCCACAAAAACCGAAGGUGCAAGAAAAACAAGCCCCUGAAAGCAAAAAGAAAAAGAAAGAAGACAAAAAUGUAAUUGCAGUCAAGAAUACCACUACAGACAUAAAUAAACAGAACGUCGACCUUCAACGUCAGAUCAUCACCGAAGAGAAAAUGCUCUUGAAAGAGCAAACAACCAUUCAAGACACACAGAAAGUUGAAGAGAUUUCUAAAGCACGGUCUACAAAAGAAAAACCCAUCAAAGAAGAAAUCAUUAAGUCCAAAGGAAUUGAAGAGAAAGGUAAAGAAGAAGCGACUAAAGAUCGUCUGAGCAGCGUACCUGAAGUUAAACCAACAAGCACAGAAGUGAAAAUAGUGGACAAGCCCUCGGGCAAAAUUGACGAUCGUGAAGUGAAGGACAAACCCACUGAAGUAAAAGAAUUGAUAAAACCUAAAGAAAUCCAGGAGGUUCCUCCACCGUUCGCAAAAGAACUGGAAAGUAAGAUUCAAGUUGCUUCAAACCAAGCCACAGAAAUCCCGAAACCGAUAAAUCUAUUAACAGACAUUGCACCAGACCAACCCUCAGAAAUCCCCAAACCGAUAGAUCUAUUAACAGACGAGAUCGAAACGUCGCCCAUAGUGAUAGAAUCGAUCGAGUCCCAGUUAGAAACCGAAGAAGAAUUCGAAAAGUGUAUAUCAACCGAGCCUGAGAUCGAGACAGUUGACAUCGUGAUCGAGCCAGCCAAGCCAAAGGUGCAAUUCUACAUAGCUGACGAGAUCCUGGUGUUGACUCCCGAGAAAAAGAAACCCACUCAGGCCCCUCUGAUCUUGCGAAGCCUGUCAGAAUUCAGUAGAACGAAAUUCCUCUCCCUCGACAGCGGUUUUUGGCCGGACAAGCACCCCUAUCACGAGGCUGAACGCUACCUAUUCGAGAAUCUAGCCAAUUACACGAGAGAAACUUCCUCGAACAGUGUCAAACGCGAUUCAAACGAUCCAGACGAUUUCGACGAGGAUCGUGACGGUGGUUUGAACGAUCGUGGCGGGAACGGCGGUCCUAUGAACUCGUUCUUCAUGGGCGGGCCUCAUACGGAACGUCUGAUUGCUGAUCUCCCAGGUGGUAUAGGUAGCUGGAGCGAUUAUAGUACUUACCUGUCGAGCGAAAACGACAGCACCGAUCAAUUGUCAGGGCCCAUUCGCGAAACGAUCGAGACUCCAGCGUCGGUAGACCUUCCUAGGGACGAACCUACCCAGAAAUCCUUUCCUGUAACAGACGAAUCAUCGUCGAUCCUAGAUCCCACGAUUUCAAUCUCUGAGGGGUUGAAACUACAAACCACUACUAGUGAACUCUCAAACGUAGAUCGCGAAAUACCGCCUUUAAUCGAUCAAUCUUCCACCAGUUUGCCUCUCGAGCCCAGCGUGUUAAACUCCGUCGCAUUCGACCUUGACGAUCAAUCCUCAAUUCCAAGCAUUCCCAGUCCAAGUCCAUGUCCCAAGGAUCAUUUAGGUAAAGAAAGAGGAUCGAUGCAGCGGAAGACUCCGAAGACGGAGAGAGAGACGGGGGUAGCUGAGGAUGUGGCUGAAAAGAGGAUACGAGGGAUCAAGGACAUCAUACAGGAGCGCCUGAUGGUUUUACAGCUGAGACUGUCGAACUUGAAGGGAACUUGCCUGCCACGUGAUAACAUAGACUCCAUGCUGUCGGCACUUACGGCUUUAUCGACGGAGCUGCGAGGUUACGAGGAAGAAGCGAACCAACUAGAAGACCAAGUACAUAAAAUUCCAGCGGACGCAGAGUCACAGAGGCUCUUACUCAAUCUAGCGGAAGUUCAGACGCGUAUCGCCACCCUUUUGACGCAAGCGGAAGAGGGACGAGCCACCCUCGAGGGCGCGCGUAGCUUACAAGAGCAACGUGGCCACGAUAUUCACGCCUACAAACAGUUCCUGGACGAAACCGACGCCUGGUUGAAGAGUAUAGUGGCUGGUAUGAGGGAACAACCACAGAUCGCUACGAACAAGGCAUUGCAGGACGAGCUGAGCAGUCACGCGCAACGUGUGUCGGAGCUUGAAACCCUGCCAGAAAUCAGCACGCUGGCAAAGGUCCUGAAGAAUGCGCUGCUGGAGGUGAUGUCGCGUCUGCAGCAACCAAGGCAGCAGGCGGUUUGCGACGAAGAGGCGCAAGCCGACGGAACCUCAGAGCGAGAUGACGCCACCCUCGACCAAGCACCCUCCCUUCACUCGUCCCUCGAAAGUAGCAUGCCAUCAUUAGCCGAUGUGUCCCUCCAAACGGGACAGAGUCUGCUAGCGAAUGAUAUCGUAGAGAGACCCCAGCAGCUCACCAAGCAAACCUCCACGAACCAGGUAGCGGUGUGUCACUCGUUGACCACGCAAACAAUGGACACCAACGAGAGUCCACAAACCCAAGAGACUAUAAAGAUCCUAAAGACAACAGACGGGGACCACGACGUUAUCGAGAUAGCCACUAAGAAUCUACCAUCCACGUCUGUCCAAGAAGUCGUUCCACAGCGAUCAGACGCCAUGCCUGAAGACAUCGUAGUGGACAUGAAAUACCAAGACCCAAAGAACGCUGACAACACCACCAGCGAGCUGAACAUUGUCCAUGCUGCUCCCCAGUCCUUCGAAACGAUCCUAGUCGAACCUGACGAUGUGACCACCGAAGUGGUAGUUGACGAGGAUGGCUCGAAGAGGAUCAUCGUGAGGAAACUGAGGAGAACCACGGUCACUAGCAGACAGACCACACAGCAACACCUGUCCUCGACGUCCACAGCGAUAGGAGACGCUCCACCUGUAGUGCAAGCUUUCUCAGAGGCCACCAUGAGGGACCAACAGGUCACCGUGACCACCACCAAGCCGAACGGUACCAUAGAGACUACGACGAAACAGGUGUACGGAGGCAGAGUCGCCACUGGAACGCCUUACCAGAACGUGAACGUUGAAGAGUACGAGUCAGCGCCCAAAUACACGCACACGGUGACGCAAGGUAACAUCAAGGACGUCGGUCCUCAGCCUCUGGAGGAGGGAAUCCUGAUGGAAGGAGGGGAAUACCAGGCGAAGACCUCCAGCGUCCACGCUGUGGUGCAACAGGUGACUCGUCGUGUUGUCAGGAAGACCAGAAGAGUCAUUCGUAAAGUGACCAUCAUCGAUGGCAAGGAGACUGCUACCGAGGAGGUCAUCGAAGAGCCUGAAGAGGUGGAGAUCGACGAGAAGAGUAUACCUCACAUAAGUAUUAAUGUCGUUAAGCAGGAGGAACAUAGACAGUUCGAUGCCGAAGGACAGUCGAUGGAAGAAAAGACGCGUGGAGAGCUCGAAGAUAAGGGAAGAAGAGACAAUGAGGGCUUUGGAUUGGAAAGGCACGACGAUGUUCCCAUGCAGGGACCAUUCUUCGGUGCUUUUGCUAAGGACAUGCAUCCUUCGGACUAUAUGCAACCGAGGAAAGGCGAUCUCCUUGAUGUUAGGAAGGAAGGUGUUAUAAUUGAAGAAGUAGUUUCGGAUACGGAGGUUUCAAAAGACGAUGCAGGGAGCCCAGAUUUGCUUACGGAUCGACAAGAACAGGUGUCGGAAAGUCUCGAGGAGUCAUUGGAGAGGAAAGCAGAGGAUGAUGUGAGCAGGAGACCUUCGAAAACACCUCAGACAGUGGAUAAAUACGAGCACGAGCAGUUCACCAUCGAGGUAACCGAUAAAAAGUCCCUUCUGGCGGACAGUCGAGCGUUCAUCGAUGCUGAAGUGUCCGCUUUCCAGAGCCCUGUCCAAGAGAUCAAGGUACGCGAGGCACGCGAGGAAUCAGUCGCGUCGCCAAUCGAUUCCGUGGUCUCGGACGUGCCGACCAUCACGAAAGCGACCUGUAAGUCUGUCGAUGCACCCGUAACGAUCGAAACACCUGGUAUCGAGCUAGAAGGUCGCACGGUAGAUGUAGAAAAGCACCAUGACACACUUGGCACCGUAGAUCCUGAUGUCGAUAAGUCGAAUGUCCCUGUGUUAGAGGAAAAUCCCACGACCAACGAGCCACCAGCGAUGGACGUAACAUUGAAAGAAGUAAAAAGGGUUCAAAUUUCAGGAGGAAAACCGAAAGAGCCGGAAGAAGUGCGUGAGAAGGAAGUUUCAGAGAAACAGCCUGAAGUGUCUUCAUCCACAGACACGAAGACACUUAGCAAAGAAGAAUCCACGAAGGACACAGUACCCAUUAAUGACAAACAGGAGAUGGUGAAGGCAUCGUUCGUUCCUGAAUUGGAAUACGAUCACGUGGACGAAGCUCUGAAGCCAGAAUACAAGCCUGUCUUCCAUAAAGUGGAAAUAUCCCUGGCGGUGAAGAAAGAGGGAGAAGACAUCCAACCCACGGUGUCCGUGAAGAGUCAAGCGGAACCAACCGUUCUACCGUAUCGCAUGGUGAAAGAGGAUGUAGACAUCCGUCUGCCGGCGGAUAAAGAAACCUCCGUGAUCCACGACAAGAUCGUUCAAACGUCACCGAUAGAGUCGUUAGAAAUUGCCACCGUGGAUAAGUCUGUUAUCACGUCUGAAAAGGAGGAAACUUCCGAUAAGUCUAUUAUGACCUCGGAGAAGGGCGAAACAACAGACAAGUCUGUCAUCACUUCCGAGAAGGAGGACGAAUGUCAGACUGAACCUGCGCUGGAAGUUGAUACUAUGGCUGAUACAGAAGUGGAGGAAGAAAGAUCCCAAACGAAGUCUUUAGAGACGAAAUCUAGCACCUCGAUGAUCUCGAACAUCUCAGAAUCGGUGGAGCUCAACGUUCCAUUGUCAGACUCUUCUAAACACGUCAGUGAAGCGCCGCAGCCCGAUGUGGCAGAGAUGAUCGAAUCGGUGAAACUGGACUUGACCCUGGAGGAGACGUCGGAAGGCGAAGACGGGUACCAAGCGGACGACAGAACGAUGGUGUCCACUGCUACCCCUGAUGAUGAUAGCGUGACGAAGAAAAAGAGAAGGAAGAAGAGGAAAGAGAGGAUCAGGAGCUCCAGGGAGGAGGAACCAUCUGAAUUCCCUAAGACCACCACGGACGACGGAGAAUUCACCGACGAAGAGACGCCGGUGGAGAUGGAGGACGCAAAGGCCACCAAAAAGAAAAAGAAGAAAAAGAAGAGGGAAGACUUUGGCAAAGAGGAGACUCCUUCAGUUCCCUCUUUGCACGAAGUGGACACGCAGACGGCUCCUACACGGUUCACCGUUACCAUUGCUACGUCUCCGAUGGAGGAAGAAGCGUCUGAAGUCCACGUGCAAACUUCCCCGCAACCCAUAGAAAAGAGUACCGUAGAAGAAAUACAGGAAGUUCACGCACAAGUGCAAACUUCUCCCCGGAUACCAGAAGCCUCGAAGGCAACUCAAGUGCCCAAGAUGGAAGAAAUUCAUACAGAAAUGCAGACUUCUCCUCUAGUUCCAGAAGAAUCAAAAGAAACUCAAGUACCCAAGAUAGAAGAAGUUCACACAGAAGUACAAACCUCUCCCCAGGUUCCAGAAGAAUCAAAAGAAACGCAAGUACCCAAGAUAGAAGAAGUUCACACAGAAGUACAAACUUCUCCCCAAAUUCCGGAAGAAUCAAAAGGAACUCAAGUGCCUAAGGUGGAAGAAGUUCACACGGAAAUUCAAACGUCACCGGUGGCUGCGUUGGACUUCAGCACUCAGACCGUUCGCGAAGAAAGCCCGGAGCCUGAGAAGCCGAGUAUCCAGCACGCUGAAAUGCAGACUUCUCCGCUCCCUGCGUUGGAUUCCGCUGUUCAAGCCACGGAAGUGCGCCAGAUCGAAGAAACGAGCACACAGACAACUGCAACGCAAGUAGAAGAGUACGCUAUUCAGACCAGCCCAGUGGAAGAGCAACCUCCUCCACCAGAAACUGAAGAAAUGGAGGUACAAACUUUAGUCACGCAGGUAGUGUCCACAGAGGCACAAACUUCACCAACGACUCCACCUGUAAAGAUAGUGUCCAUUGAGGCGCAAACUUCACCAAUGACUACACCCAUAAAGAUAGUGUCUAUGGAGACGCAAACUUCACCAUCGACUCCACCCAUAGAGGUAGUGUCCAUGGAGGCGCAAACUUCACCAAUGACUCCACCUACAGAGGUAGUGUCCAUGGAAGCGCAAACAUCACCAACGACUCCACCUGUAGAAGUAGUGUCCAUGGAGGCGCAAACUUCGCCAACGACUCCACCUAGAGAGGUAGUGUCCAUGGAGGCGCAAACUUCACCAACGACUCCACCCAUAGAAAUAGAAACCCAAACAAUAGAGAAAACUCUCGUGGCCACUGAACAGCAGACAACUCCGCCACCAGUCGAAGAAAAGGUACUGGCUGGCAUUGCUGUUCAGACAGUAACUCCUGACGGUCCCAAGACCAUCGAAACCGAGGCACAGACCAGCAUACCAGCCAGUCCAGAAAAGACUACGCUGGACUUCAAUAUCCAAGCAGACUUGAUAGAGCAACCACCUGUAGACGUUGUCGAGACACAAACCACCCCGGAUGAGAGUCCUAGACUAGCUGAGACCCAGGAGACAGAAUCACAAACUAGCAAACCAGUUAGUCCAGAAAAGACUACGCUGGACUUUAAUAUCCAAGCAGACUUGAUAGAGCAACCAAUUGUAGACGUUGUAGAGACACAGACCACCCCGGAAGAAAGUCCUAGACUAGCUAAGACCCAAGAGACAGAGUCACAGACGAUCAUAGGUUCAGGACCUUCUCAGGAAAUGAUGAUCCAAACAAGUCCGAUUAGUAUGUCUCCGGACAAAAUCGAAGUCUGUGAACUAUCCGCUCAGACCAGUUUAGAGGAAGCCAAGGAGGUGAUGGAAGAAGAGUCGCAAACCAGCUCACCAGGACGGGUACAGACGUCGGACACUUCGGUGCAAAUAAAAACUGACGAGCUAGUGCCACUGGUUGAGGAGAGUGUGCAGAUAAUUCCUGAGACCUGUGAUGGAAGUGCACAAACGCAGCCGAGUGAGGGGCGGAAGGAACUGGUAACGGUUUCUCAGCAGACCAAUGGAGUGUCUGUUGAUACAGCGGUGGAGGAGAUUAAGGAGAAGAAAGUGGUAGAUAACGAAGAAGAGAACUUGAUAACAGUCACGUCUAUGGAUGUGGUUGACGCGUCGAUGCAAAGGACGCCUGUAAAGUAUACUGAAAUUCCAGUAGCACCUGAUGUACAAGUACAAGAAGCUGAAGAUGACUCGAAAGAGGAAUCGAAAGCUCAAACUGUUGAAGAAGUCCCUGAAAAGGUGAUGCCUAAGUUAAAGGAGGAAUCGAUACCCAAAGCGCCUGUAAAAGACGCCAGUGCAGACUCCUCGUUCGAGAUAUGUCUGCAGGCGACUAUAGAGAUCUCGGAUACGACUGACACUACAAGUCGGCUGACCGACACCUCGCAAGACAAUACAAUCACAGAGGAUCUGAAUAACACGGCGAAGGAGGACGUCAACGCCGCGAAAAGACAGAAACGAAAAAGAAGACACAAGACGAUCGAGAUCAGCUCCACCGGAGAUAAGGAUCUUGAGUCUAUAUUUGGUCAACCCAUGGAGUCUCGAGACGUUUCGUUGAAGUUGUCCUACUCCGACGUCACCAAGAAGAACGCAGGCAAAGAAAAGUCCCCUUCUGGAGAUGGCCAACUGGAGAAAGUGUCUGAUCAUAUUCUUGAUAAUUCUAAAUUCAUACCUGAACAGAGAGUUGAAGUAAUCGAAGAAAGCAUGCAAAACGCUUCACCAUUUACAAUGACGACAGAACCACCUGUGAUUAAAGGUAGCCAAGAGGUUUGGGCUUUAGGUAACGAAAAGAUCGACUUACCAUCGAUGUCAGGCACGCAACAAUCAAUUCUCACGAGUGAGGACUCUUUCGAACCAAUGGACACGACUGAGGAACCACUAUCACCCGUGGAGUCAGUUCUGCAAGUGGAAGAACGACCCAAGAUCAGAACCUACGCGGACAUAAUCAGCGAACCUUCCAAGAAACAAUCCGAUGUGCUUCACCAUUCUAUCCCUCAAAAAGGCGCCAGUUCGAAGGCGUUCCUCCUUCACGAAGCCCUAGAAUACGAGCCUCUCCAUCAACUGACCCAAAGCAAUCAGACCACAAAGGUGAUCUCCGACAGAAUGCAGAGUCUCCGAAACGCCAAACAACCGAGUCACCUGGGCAACAUUCUCCACAUCGCUCACCUGGACAAAGUAGCCAAUGAGAAGCUGGCAGAGGAACGCGCUGCUGACAUCCGUAAAGAGCUGUCCCACCUGAGAGACGCUGCUCAGGAGAAGGAUUCGAUCGCUGUGGAAGAGACCCUGGUAGUCAUCGUGGAGACUAUUUCCACCUGGCUAGAAACGAUCGAGUACAGAAUAUUCUUGAGCAAGGAGUGUCCCAGCGGUCCCUCCCACGACGAUAAGACCUACGUCGAGCUUAAAGAUGAAGUGGAGAACGUGGAAGAGAAUAUUCAAGAACUGAAUCAUAUCUGGAAGCUGGUCGAGACUAACUACCCAGGGAACGAUCGUGCCAACCUGCAGGAGUGUCUUGACGCCCUGUUGUACCAGGUGAAAAUGAUCGAGGAAGUUACCAACGAUGGCGAAAAGCAUCUCACCAGCGAGCUCGCCAGAUGGGAUGAGUUUGUUAAUGGAGUGAACAACAUGUACAGAUUGAUCGAAGAACAACGCAGCCAGCUGAACCAACUGAUCGAGCUCGAAGCGUCCACAAAUUGGAAGCUCCAGGAGCUGGACAAACUAGAGAACAUGAAUCGUUGUCACAUGUGGAAGACCGCGGAUCUCCUCACAGCGUCACACGAGUUGCUCCGCGAUUAUCCAGGGAAACACAUACCAGAAGAGACCUACGCCGCCCACGAGAUCACCAAAAUAAUCGAGCAUGGUAUAUGCAUAGAACGCGAACGUCUGCUGCAACUGUCAGCCCUGGCUGAAGAGUACGAGCAAACUCUUCGAGAAUUCGCACAGAUCACCGAGAUCGCUGAAAACUUGCUGGGUAGUCCGAUCUCGGUGAUAAGCCUGGAACAUCUUCGGGAGGAGAUGCAGAAGCACAGAAAAUUCUUCGUCAACUUGAACCACUGUCGAGCGAUUCUGGAGUCCUUGGAGGGGAACCUGGAUCCUGAAACAAGGACCAAGUACUCUGAUCUUCACGAGGAAUUGCAUAGUAGAGCUAUAUCCUUGCUGGAUCAAGCUGCAUCUAGGGCUCAGCAAAUGGCCCUGGCUGCUUCCAGGUGGAUCCUCCUUGAACAGGGCGUGAAGGAAGAAAGGGGAUGGCUACAGGUUGCUCAUCAAAGAGUACCUGAUCUUCAGACGGUGACCUCGUCUGAUUACGAUCAGUACAUCUCCUUAUAUCAAUCUCUGGUGACAGACGUAACGACGCAUCAUGCCAGACUGAUCCAGCUUUUGAACAUGGCGCGGAGUCUUCAGGAGCUGAUCAACAUCGAAGACCCGGAGGAUCGUUACGGCGAGGCGUUGGAUGUGAUCGUGAAGCUUCAGGAUAACGUCGAGUCGUCCCUGCACAGGUUACUGGCCUUCAGAGAGAGUUGGUGCAAUCAGGAGGGGUUGAUGAAUCGGGUAGAGAAUUGGAUGACAGCGGUUGAUAGGGAACUGGAGAUUAUACGUGAUCCCUCGGGAGGACACAUACGUCAAUUUUGGGAACUGAAAGCCCAAUACGAGGUCCACAACAAUAUAAGAGAAGAAGCGAACAACAGCUUCGAGCAAGCCCUCAGGAUCAUCCCCUUAUCCGACGAGAUGCUUCAACGACAAUUCCACGGCGAGAUCCAAGAUCGCUGGAACGACGUGUCCCAGCAGAUCAACAACAUCCAAGAGGAAGUCACCAGGAACAUCUCCUCCGAGGAGAUAUCUUCCAACGAGAAGUUAAAACUUCUCGAACGGGAACUGAACGAGCUACGAAUGACGAUCGACGGUUUCCACGGUGUUCUGAAGACAGAGGAGGAACUGGACCUCUACAUCGAACGUCUGACCGUCCUCUUCGACAGGAUCACGUGGAUCCAAGACGAGCUGGGUCGACUUGGUCUGUUACCAGUCGCUGAGAACGAGAAAGUCGGUCUUCUGUUGUCAUCCGCAAGUCGAAUAGAGUCCCAGAUCAGCGAGGAAUUGGACGCCGCUCAAUUACUUCGUGAAAGGCUUCAGGCGAUCCAGCGAGGCUUCAGUCGGGUCAGAAAAGCCCAUCAACGUCAAUCUUCGAUAUUGGACCAGUGUGAAGGCAGUGAGCGACAAGGAAGCGACGUGGUCGCCGCUGCUGUCGAUCGUUGUCAAUCGGUCGCUGACGAACUUGGCGUUCUGUGGCAGGACAUAAUGGGUCUGAGACAGAUGCUACAUACUUUACCAACUGUUAUGAGAGUUUCGGUGUCUCCUGUGAGCGUCGAAAGGGAUAUAUCGAACCUUCAGGAUGCACACACCGAUCUGGAGGCUAGAUGCUCUCGUCUGCUGGCGUUGCUGAAGAACAGGCUCGCCUUGUGGAGACGAUUCGAGAGACAGCUGGAAAUGGUGCAGCAAUCUGUUCAGGAGGCUGACUACAUGAUGGAGCUGUUGACCGUUCAGGGAUCCGUGGAUUAUGAUCGAUUGUUAAAGGCCACUGAACGUCUCGAGGGUCUCAGCGGUGAUUUGGGCGCGCGUGAAGUUCUCGUUGGCGAAUUGCGUGAGGCUGCCGAACCUCUGCGGGAGGGUUGCGCUGCAGAGGUCCGCGAGAAGGUCGAGGCAGCGGUGAAUGAGGCCGUGCAGGCCUGGGAGGACACCAGGGCCGAAUUAGAUGCCCUUUGCACCAAGUAUCAGCACGCGUGCAGAUUGUGGGAACAGUACAAAGACUCGAGUGCCGCGGUUAAGGCCUGGGUGGACACGCAGAUGGACAGCGUCGCGAACCUGCCACCUGAGGAGGCCGUCAAACACAUCAAGAUUUGCGAGGAGACGAUGGCCGAGCACAAGGAAAGGCUGGUGGAGCUUCGAGGCCUGGUGGCCCAGAUCGCGUCUGACGUCGGUCUGGACGCGAGCGGCCCGUUGCACUGCGAGGUGGAGGCCCUCGGACAACGUCUCGAAGACAUCCGCGAGACCUUGUCCUGUCUCGCGGACGCGGCGGACGCCCGCGCCCUAAACCAGGAGCUCGCGCGGGGCGAUCUAUGCCAGACGAAAAAUUUCCUGGACUCGGUCCAACAGAGCCUUACCGCAGUGAACCAAGGCGAGUCGAAGGAACAGUUGAAGGUUCUCCGGAAUCACCUACUCGCUUUGACCUGCACCGAACCGCAGCUGCAGUCCAUCAAGGAAUGCAGCCUGGAGGUGACCACGCAAGAGCCUUCAGUGGUGGAGGUGUUGCAGCUUUGGCAGAAGGUCUUCAGGGAGACGUUCCAGCAGUAUCACCGAUUGUCCACUCGUCUGGUGAAAACGCAGGACGGCGCCACAGCGUUGAAGCUCUGGCAGGAGUACCUGACCCACGUGCAGGACUUCCUGUCGAAUGGGGUGCCCAGCGACUAUAACGGGCUCUCGGAGCACAGGAACCUUUGCGAGGUUCAUCGGAACCUCCUGACCGAUCAACAGAAUCUCAUUCUAACCGUGAGAGCCGAGGAAGGCGGAAAUCUCUCGACCACGGAACAGUUUAACAUACUAACGAAUCUCCACAACGAGACGUUGGCCAGGAUAAUGGAAAGGCACGCGGCGGUACGAGACAGGUUGGCUGCGUGGGACAGAUACAAGCAGGACCAGAGCAAGCUGCUGACCUGGCUGAAGGAGAUCGAGAGGGAACGGGGACAGUUACAUCUCAGGUUCAUCCACCUUAGAAGGCUGGAUAAGAUCCUCCAAAGGAUACAGACCCUGCUGGACAAGCUACCUCAAGGUGAAGCUCAGUUGGAGUCCCUUCAGGAGCAACAGGAAUCUUUGCUCGUCAACUGCGACGAGGCAUUGGCUGUGUCCAUUCGAAUGGAGCUAGCGGCUGACGCUCAACGGAUCGCUAACCUGAGCGCCAGUUUAGAAACCUGGAGGGACUUCAUUCAAAGGAUACAGAGACUACAUGGGGAGUAUGAGGAACAAACUAAGACGAUCAGCACAGCGUUCGAUGAAAUUGGUCAAAUAUUCAGCACAGCUUUCCACGCGAAAUCCGCCAGUUUAUCGAGAAUCAAGGAGCAAUUGGAAUCCGUGCAACAGCUCCAGACCAGGCUGUCCAAUAUGAGUCCAGAAUUAGAGUCCCUUGGAGUCAUCACGGAGCAGUUGAGGGAGUGUCUGAGCCCCUCGGAUAUGAAGACGUUGAACCAACAACGAUCGUUGUUGUGUCAACAGCACGGCGAUCUGGAACACCAGGCGGCGUUGUUGGUCUACAGGUUGGAGGAACGUGGCGGGUUGUACGAUCGUUGGAAGGACCGAUUGGGUAGGAUGUUGACGUGGAUGGAGGAGACUGAGAUUCAGAUCCAGAACUGCGACACGAUCACUCCGAACGAACCGGAGGAGACACUGAAGAGGCUGGAAUGCGAGCUGCAGGCAGAGAUCGCCCUGAAGCAACGUGAUCUCUCGUGGUUGCAGAACACCGGUCACGAUCUGAUCGUGGUCACGGAAGAAAGGGAAAGGGAACAGUUGCAACGAUCGUUGGAUGAGGUGAACGAGAGGUGGGAUCGUUUGUUGGCUACAGGGAAGGCCAGAGCCACGCAACUGGUCGAUCUUAUGAGGCGGAUGAGCGCGUUGGAGAAACGGAUAAACGAGCUGAGGAGCUGGCUGGCCAGCGUCGAAUCUCAGCUGUCAGAGACGUUCGUGAUCGAGACGAUCCAGCAGAGCUGCAUCGACGAGAAGCUCGAGGAUCACAAACACUUGCAGAAGAUGAUCGAGGCAGAGAACAGGAACAUCAGCGAAGUGUUGAGCUUCUGCCAGGCGUUGCUGAACGAGUGCGACGCCUGCAAGGUGUCCUUCAACACGGACGCGAUCAAAAAUGGAAUGGAGGGUCUAGAACGUAGAUGGAAGGCCACGUGCGUGAAAUCGGCAGAGAGGAAGAAGAAGAUCGUGCAAGCGUGGAAGAUACUGCAAGAGUUACGGAAGAUCAAGGCUGAGAACGAAGGCUGGCUCGGCGAGACUGAUAAAGCUCUCGUGGACCUGGAACACGGUCUGGACGAGGUCUCGAAAGAGGAAGCUGGUAGGAUCAUCGAGAGGGCCAAGAUCAUUGCGGACGAUGUGGAAUUACGUGAUCCAGUGAUCAAGAUAAUCGAGGAGAACUUCGGACGCCUAGCGCGUACGGGUUUAGAACCAGAUAAUCUAAAGUCUCUUAUCAGUGAUAUUAGACUGCUUAUCGAUAAGUGGCAAACGUUGGAGCCUAGAAUCAAUGCUGUUCUACUGACGCUCGAGCAAGGUCGGAAGAAUUAUCGGGACUUCAUUACGGUGCACGGCGCGGCGGUUGUCGGACUGACGCAGGUCGACAUCCGACUGACCACGAUCCAACACCUUGCCACGCCUGAACAAAAGGCUUCGGUACGACGCAGGCAACAACAACUGAACGAGAUCGAGGAGGAGCUCAGAACAUUCAACGUCACGCUGCAGAGAGCAGACGAGUUGGCGUUGAAAGUGAUGCAAGAGUGUCAUCCGAGCGACGUACCGAACGUUCAGGAACUAGUGGACGAGUAUCAGCUUCUGUGGAAGGACAUCGCGAACAGGGUGGCAUCUUUGAGAGCUGAAAUCGAGGGACAGGAAAAGCUUGAAGUCGACGAGGCUGUCCAAGUGGAGACUUUAAAGUUCGAGCAAGACACCGCCGUGCAAGUGGACACUUUGCCCAGGUUAUUGAGAAUGACAUCCAGUGACGCGUAUUUGAUGGAGCUGGAGGCUGCGCUCGUCGAAUGCAGCGACGCUUUGGACACGUUGGAAGCGGCUGUCACGCCGGAUCCUGUCGCUGGAUCUGGACUUAACGCAGCUGCGAAGAAUAUUAGUAAACUGAUUGGAAGCUGUCAGUCGUCUAUCGAACUGGUUCGACAUCUCCACGGAUUGCUGAUAGAGGAUGGAAAAUUGAGUCCCCAGGCUGCGAAAGGUAACGAGGUGGCGGAGUUGACGAACAGAUACGAAGACCUACUCCAGCUGGCGAGAACACGGGAACAACAGAUCAGAGAACUCAGCGAUAACGGCAGGCUGACCUGUCCCCUGUGCUCCCGCCGCAAUUGGGCGCAAUUGGAGAACGAUCUAUGGCGGCUGGAGAAGUGGCUAGAAUUCGCGGAAGGCACGCAAAGCGAGCAACACUGUCCGCCCAGCAAUAUCGAUCAGCUCGAGGAUGUGAUUAGGGAUCAUCGUGAAUUCUUAUUGGAUUUGGACAGCCACAAGAGCAUUCUCGCGAGCCUGAACACGGUCGGGGCCCAUCUGGCCGAUCACAAGGAGGAAACGCGACGAGCGACGCAACUCAGAGAGAGAUUGGUGAUCACGAACGAUAGGUGGGACAAAGUGUGCGUACAGGCCGCACACUGGCAGGAACAACUGCAGGUCGCGCUGAUGUCGAAUCAUCAAUUCCACCGUAUCAUAGAGGAAAUGGUUACCUGGCUGGAGAAAACGGAAGUCAGUAUAAGGGCCAGCGAGCCGGUUGACUUGACCGAGUCGCAGGAAAUUAUGAAGGCGAAGUAUAAUAAGUUCAGGGAGCUGAGGAGCGACCUAGAGCGUUGCGAGCCCAGAGUUCUCUCGCUACAAGAGUCGGCAAAUCAGUUACUGGACGAGAAAGGUGAAACCAGAGCGUGCCUACAGGAGCUGCGACUCAGGUUGCAGUCCCUUCGUCGUCUGACAGGAAUAUACGCAUUGAAAUUGGGGGCUGCGCUAGGAAUGGACCCGAGGGAUGUUGGGCUUACUGCCACGACAUCGUCCCUCGCUUCCCUCUCCCACGACCUGCUCGACGAAGCUGCCUCUGGAACCGUACAGCCCCGCGACGCACCCGGCACAGAUGGUGACGAUGGCCAUCGAACGGUAUUGUCUCGGGGAUACCGUUUCCUGGGUCGGGUAUUGCGAAUCUCCUUGCCGAUCCAAGCCCUGAUGCUGGUGGUCCUUGGUGUCGCCUCUUUGGUGCCAUCCGCCGAAGAGGACUACAGCUGCAUGCUGUCGAACAAUCUCGCGAGAAGCUUCACGCCAAUGGUCGUCUAUCCGAACGGGCCACCGCCGAUUUAA